AUGGCUUCGGUCUUGCGGAAGGUUCUUCCAGGUUACAAUGUCGGUUCACUUGAUUCGGUCCGGUCCGAGCUUGAGUGUUCUCCGGCCCAAGAAUCGGGCGAAAUAAUAGCCGAAGGAUCAUCAAGCAAGAAAGUUCGGAAUCAAGAUGUGAUUUUGAAUAUAACACCCAUCGAUCCAAUAGUCGAGGGACCCCCCACGGAUGAUAACGUUAUCAUGAUAAACACCCCCAAGAGAGUAAAUUUUUCUCCACUGCCCAGCCCAAACCGGAUAAGAAUCAGCGGUUCUCCGGGCCCUUCCACUUCCCGAGGAAUAUCAGCCGUGAAGCAUUUGAUUCCUAAACUGAGUUUCAAAUUCCGUAACACAAAUGCUGAGAUUGAAAAGGCUGCCAUGCUGGCACUCGGGGUUUCCCCCGAAGCACAAGGGAAGAGUUCAGUUGUUAGGACAUUUUCACUCUCAAAGAUUUUCGCGCCAAAAAUGAAAAGGACAUCUUCUUUGCCUGCUACGCCAAUUUUGCACUCGAAUCCCGAGUCGGCUCAUGGAGGGAUUAUUUCGAGCACUUCAUCUAAAAGUGGGCCAAAGCUAUCCAUACACCGUUCGCAUUCAGUUCCAGAGUUCAAUAAAGAUGAGAGUGUGAAGCAAGUCGACUAUUUAGGCAGUAUAUACCGCAUAAUUCCUUCUACUCCUAAAUCAACCGACCAAAAUAUGGCCACAUCAAUCCCCAAUGCAAUAACCGAUACAGAUGAGAACAAUAAUUUUUCGGAAGAUAUACCUCAAGAGGAAGCUGUUUGUAGAAUUUGUUUAGUCGAGCUGAGUGAGGGCUCGGAUACUCUAAAAAUGGAAUGCAGCUGUAAAGGUGAACUUGCACUGGCCCAUCAAGAGUGUGCCGUUAAGUGGUUCAGCAUAAAAGGGAACAAAACUUGCGAUGUAUGCAAGCAAGAGGUUAAGAAUUUGCCUGUCACGCUUUUACGGGUAGUCCAAAAUGGCGAAAAUCGAGGAAAUGUAGUAAAUCCGGCCGAAAUAGGACGAUACAGGGUUUGGCAAGAUGUUCCUAUUCUAGUGAUCGUUAGCAUGCUUGCAUAUUUUUGCUUUUUGGAGCAACUAUUGGUCUCUAAACUCGGAUCAAGUGCAAUCGCAAUAUCUUUGCCCUUUUCAUGUAUUUUGGGUCUCCUUGCGUCUAUGACGUCUACUACUAUGGUAAGGAAGAGAUUUGCCUGGGUAUAUGCUACUAUUCAGUUCGUCCUGGUGGUUGUUUUUGCCCAUAUAUUUUACUCACUGCUUCAUGUGCAAGCUGUUCUAUCAGUUCUGCUGGCUACUUUUGCUGGUUUUGGGGGUGCUAUGUGUGGAACUUCAACGAUUUUCGAGAUCCUCAAGUGGGUGAGAACACAGAACCUUCCGCCACCUUCCGGAAACGAUUCUUCUCGGCCCAACCAAGAUUUAGAGGCCGGCAAUGUGGGCCCAAUGGAUACACAGCCCAAUGAAAGCGAAUCACGGGCCCAAGGUAGUAGAAAUGGCAGCUGA